UUCAUUUUUUUUACAUCUGUAUUGAAUAAUGUGAAACAGGAAGAUUCUAAUUUUUUUUCCGAAGAAAUUUUAUUUUAUUUUUUACUUUUCUCCCUCUUGUUUUUUGUUUUCUCUCUAAUUGAAAAAACAAUUCUGCGAAAAAAUAAUAUUCCUUGAUAAUAAAACCAACAACUACAGCCAGUAACAAAAUUGAAACAAUGAUGAUCGUACAGCAUUGUCAACCUACACAGAUUAAAACAAAAUCAUCAUCAUCAUCAUCGUCAUCAAAAUUAGUUAUUACAGAAUCUAAUUGUGAAAUGACAACUGCAGCUGCAGCUGCAGCAGCAGCUGCUGUUGCUAUAGCUACAUGGUCGAAUCAUUGUUCAUUAUUACAUAAUUUUAUGAAUACCAAUAAUGAUAAUGAUCGAUGUGAUGAUAAUGUAAUAACAAAUGGCCAUAAUCAUCUUCAUCAUCUUAAUCUUAAUCAUCAUCAUCAUAAAAGAUCUAAUCAUUCAAUACGGUUACGUUGGCAACAAUUGGCUCGUGAUGCAUUUCAAUAUUCUUUACAAGAACAACAACGUAAAAAACAACAACAACAGCAACAACAACAAUUACAGCAGCAAAAACAAAAUAAUAAUCAAUUGCAAAUGUCGAAUAAUUUUGAUAUAAUCGAUAAUCAUCAUCAUCAACCGAAUAAAUUCGAUAUAUUGCAACAGAAUCUUAUUGAUCUCAUUGCAUUCAAUUCGACCGGUUUAAAUCCAGAUUUAUUUGAUCAUCAAUGGAUACAAUUGUCUGGUCAUGAAGAUUCAUUUGCAUUAGCCGGACCCGGUACUAUAUGGAAAAAACAUUCACCCGAUUCAACAGAAAUUGAUGUUUAUGAAGCAUUAAGUGUUGAACCGAUCGCUGAAAUGAUACCCAAAUUUUAUCGCAAUGUUCAAUACAAAGGCGAUAAUUUUAUCGAAAUUGAAGAUCUCCUAUAUCCAUUCAAAGAUGCAUCUAUAAUGGAUAUCAAAAUGGGUACACGAACAUUUCUUGAAUCUGAAGUAAAUAAUUCAAAAGCAAGAAGUGAUUUAUAUGAAAAAAUGUUACGAUUAGAUCCUAGCCAAUUGACUGCCGAAGAACAUGAAACAAAAUCUGUUACUAAACUAAGAUAUAUGAUGUUUCGUGAGAAUCUUAGUUCAUCGUCUAAUCUUGGUUUUAGAAUAGAAGGAUAUAAGGUGGGCAACAAUGUUAAACACAAUAAAAAUCUACACACAAUCAAAACCGAAUCGGACGUACAGACAAUAUUGGAAUCAUUUUUUCAAUCAAAAAAAUCAGUUUGUCGUGAAAUUCUUGUUCGUUUACGAUUAUUACGAAAAUAUUUUGAAUCAUCGCCAUUUUUUCGUCGCCAUGAAAUUAUUGGAUCAUCAUUAUUGAUAAUUUAUACGGCUGAUCGUGCCGGUGUAUGGAUGAUUGAUUUUGCCAAAACAUCACGAAUUCCUGAACAUUGUCAGAUAAAUCAUAGAGAUUCUUGGCAACCUGGUAAUCAUGAAGAUGGUUAUCUAUUCGGUCUCGAUAACCUUAUCCACAUAUUGACAAAAGUUUUGGAUCAUUCAAAAAAUCAUCAGUCGCAAUCAUGUUGACCAUGAUUUUUAAAAAAACAAUAAACACCAUAACAUACCUCAAUAUACAUACAGCAUAUAAUUUUCAUGGCAGUAUUUUUAUAUUUUACCAUAUACACGAAAAAAAGACAUCAAAAUUUUUUUUUGUAUAUAAAAAGAAAUAAUGAAAAAAAAUGAUUGAAUGAAUUUGUA